AGGAAAAAGUAUCAGCCGAUAAUUAUAAUCUUGCGUGUAUUUUAACAUUACCACCGUUUCAAAGACGAGGUUAUGGGCAUUUUUUAAUCAGUCUUAGUUAUGAAUUAGCAAAAAUUGAACAAGUUGUCGGUACACCAGAGAAACCAUUAUCCGAUUUAGGUCGCCUGAGUUAUCGUAGUUAUUGGGAGAAGGUUAUUUUGAAUUAUUUUCUAGAGCAUUCAGAUUGUACUAUGAAUGAAAUAAGUACAAAUACCUGUAUUGCUAUUGAUGAUAUAAUUUGGACAUUACAAAAUCACCCAGUGAUAACAAAUUGGCAAUAUGGUCAGCAUAUACACAUACAACGUGAUAUUGUCCAACAAUAUCUUGACCAGUUGAAUGAACAACACUCAGCUAAAUUGCAUUUCCAUGCAGAUGGUAGUAAACAUCGAAAAGUUAAUAAAACUUCUUAUCUCCUUGAUAUUAGUCAUUUGAAAUGGGAGCCACCAGUAAAAAGAAAUAACAAUAAUAAUACUAAUACUAAAGAAAUUAAGUGUAAUUGAAUGGGUAACACAGUCGUUACGUGCAUUUGCUUCUUCAGAGAGCGAGAGAAAGCCAUUAUCUUCUCAGUAUAUUAUUGUUUUUACACAUAAAUUAAUAACAUCAUUGAGUUUUCUUUUUUUUCAAAAAAACCCCACUUUUUUGUUAUCUAUUUUGAUACAUGAUGAUUACUUGUUGAUUAUUUAUUUCUCAUUUAAUAUACUACUUAUUUCUAUUUUUAUUAAGAUUUUUCUGGUGUUUGUGUGUAUGUG